ACUAUGACGUAUACGCGGCUCCCUGAGCGCGACCGCGUUUCUAAACUCCGUGCGCUCCAGUGCCUGCACGCGCCUGGCUGCUUGAGGGCCCCUUUUCCGCUGGGAAAGCUUUGGCGGACGGACACUGGCUUUAGCAGCCAUGGGGCUGGGUCCGCGCUCCCCCAACAAGGCGGGGCGCCGGUUCCCAGCAGGUGGCAAACGAGGGCGCGGGGCCAAGGGGUCGGGGCGCCCCCGACCAGGCCGCCAGCGGCCAUCCUGUUCGCCUCCGGACGGGAGCUCGGAGCCGGCACUCGAUGCGCACUCUCACCUGAGUUCCGAAGCUCUCGGGUAUUUCCGCCGGGCGCUGUCCGCGCUGAAAGAAGCUCCCGAGACCGGAGAAGAACGAGAACUGAUGGUGCACAAUGUUUUGAAGGAAGUGGAGGCUCAGGCCCUAGCCUUGGCCACAAACAGGACUGGCAGUGAGAUUAUGCAGGAACUGUUGGGAUUCAGUCCCCUGAAACCGCUCUGUCGAGUCUGGGCUGCUUUGCGCUCCAGCUUGCGCUCUGUGGCUUGUCAUCGAUGCGGGGUGCAUGUAUUGCAGAGUGCUUUGCUGCAGCUGCCUCGAUUGCUGGGGAGCCCGGCACAGGAGGAGGAGGAGGACUUGGAGGAGGAGGAGAAUGGCAAGGAUGGUCCCUUGGAGACCCUGGAGGAGCUGGUUUUGGGACUAGCCUCUGAAGUGUGUGAUGAUUUUCCUUUUUACUGUGGAGACAUACAUGCCAGCUUCGUGGUUAGAACUCUGCUGCAGGUGUUGGGAGGGACUCUUCUGGAGUCUGAGAGAACCAGACACCGUGGCUCUCAGUCACCUGAUGCACAAAGGGCCCCGGCUCGGGAAUGUAAGCCAACUGAUUUUGAGGUCCCUGAAACUUUCUUGAAUUGCCUUCAGGACCUGAGCUCUUGCUUUCUGAAGGACAUUGCUGUAUUUAUCACUGACAAGAUCUCCAGCUUCUGCCUUCAAGUGGCCUUACAAGUCUUACACCGCAAACUGCCCCAGUUUUGUGCUCAUGUCUGCAGUGCUGUGAUCAGCUAUCUGAGUAGCCGCAACCCCUCAGCAGAUGGCAGCCCCCUGCUGCUAUUUCUGCGGGAUCAGACAAGCUCCAGACUCCUGGAGCAGGUCCUGCUGGUAUUGGAGCCCCUGAGGCUCCAGAGCCUCUUUGAAGAUCACUUCCAAGGGCAGCUACAGGCCCUGGCUGCACACCCAAUUGCCAACUUCCCUUUGCAGCGUUUACUGGAUGCUGUUACUACCCCUGAGCUGCUGUCACCUGUGUUUGAGGAGCUGAGCCCUGUCCUGGAAGCUGUGCUGGCUCAAGGUCACCCAGGGGUGGUCAUUGCCCUUGUGGGGGCCUGCCGCAGAGUUGGGGCCCACCAAGCCCAGGUCCUGCAGCUGUUGCUGGAGGCCUUCCACUGUGCAGAGCCCUCUUCCCGGCAAGUGGCCUGUGUGCCUCUCUUCGCCACUCUGAUGGCUUAUGAGGUGUACUAUGGACUGCUGGAGGAGGAGGGGGCGGUGCCUGCAGAGCACCAGGUGGACGUGGCCACAGCCAGGGCCCUGGGGGACGUGACAGUCCUGGGGUCCCUCCUGCUCCAGCAUCUGUUGCAUUUCUCUAGUCCUGGUAUCAUACUUCAAAGUCUGUGUGCCUUGACGGGACCACAGCUUCUGACUCUAGCCCAGAGCCCUGCUGGCUCACACGUGCUCGAUGCUGUCUUGAGCAGCCCCUCUGUGACGCGCAAGCAGCGCCGCCGUGUGCUGAAGACCCUAAAGGGACAAUAUGUGGCUCUGGCCUGUAGUCGCCAUGGCAGCCGUGUACUAGAUGCCAUCUGGAGUGGAGCAGCUUUGGGAGCCCGGAAGGAAAUUGCUACUGAGCUGGGUGAGCGGAACCAGGAGCUGAUGAGAGACCCUUUUGGCCACCAUGUGGCUCGAAAUGUAGCCCUGACUACUUUCCUGAAGCGCCGAGAGGCUUGGGAACAGCAGCAGGGGGCAGUGGCCAAGCGGAGGCGGGCUUUGAACUCAAUACUUGAAGACUGAGGCCUUUGGAUAUCGGACUGAGUGGUAAUGGGGGAGUGGUAAAGGGCAUAUCUGUCCUGUCCCCUUUGUAGUUUAAGUUGGAGUCAAAAGCCUUUAUAAUAAAUACUUUUUUAUAUUUUUA